AGCGAAUGUGCCCUCAAGAAGCGAAAAUUGCCGCACCACUAACGAAUCUGCUGAAAAGAACACACCCUAUCAAUGGGAGUCACACAUCAAGAAGUCGUGGAGCAGCUGAAACAAGCACUCACGUCCCACACUCGUCCUCAUCUUGCCAGGCCAUGAACGCAAACUAUGUCAUCGAAGCUGAUGCUAGUGACCAGGUAGUGGGAGCACUCUUAAUGCAAUACCAGGGGGAUGGACUGCAACCAAUCGCCUACCUCAGCAAGAAAAUGCACGAGGCAGAGCUCAAUUACCCGAUACACGACAAAAAGGCACUUGCUAUUGUCAUCGCCUUCAAAACGUGGAGAUGUUAUCUCGAAGGACGAAGAACAACCGUCUACACCGACCACUGCAGCCUGAAAUAUUUGAAGACACAGCCAAACCUUUCCAGGCGGCAGUUCCGGUGGAUUGACUUCCUCGAGACACACUUCCACUACGAAAUCGUGUAUAAGCCCGACCACAAAAACAAAGCACACACUCUCAACCGGCCUGCACACAAUCCCGCCUUCCAUGUCCAACUUCUGAAGCCCUACAGAGAUCCCCACACGAUCUUCACUAGUCGCCAACCGCCGCUGCCACCGCCCAUCCUCGUCCAUGAUGAACUUGAGUACGAGGUCGAGUCUCUGCUUGCACACCGACAACGUCAGCAUGGCACCUUGGAGCUUCUCAUCCGUUGGAUGGGUUAUGAUCCUUCUGAAGAUUGCUGGGUCCCUGAAUCGGACAUGGGUAGCGCCCAUUCAUUUGGUCUUUAGCUCAUCUCAUUUGGCUUCCUA